UCGCCGCUGUCAGCUGCGCCGGAAGUUCCUGGCCUGGCCUGGCGGUAACCUUGGGGUCUUCGCCGCCCGAGCAGCCUCGGCCGCCGCGGGAGUGGGCUUUGCUAGUCCGAGCCUCAGCCGGGGCCAGGUCUGUUAGGUGCCAGAAAUCGCCGGGUUGCGCAGGAGUUCGCUGAGGUUCCCGGGGUGUAGGAACCGCGGGCCCAGGGCCGCCCAGCCGACAUGUCUCUAGUGGCAGAAGCCUUCGUCUCGCAGAUUGCAGCUGCAGAACCGUGGCCUGAAAAUGCUACAUUAUAUCAGCAGCUGAAAGGGGAGCAAAUUUUGCUUUCUGACAAUGCAGCUUCUCUUGCUGUGCAGGCCUUUUUGCAGAUGUGUAAUCUGCCCGUCAAAGUGGUUUGCAGGGCAAAUGCAGAAUAUAUGUCUCCAUCUGGUAAAGUACCUUUUAUUCACGUAGGAAAUCAAGUAGUAUCGGAACUUGGUCCAAUAGUCCAAUUCGUUAAAGCCAAGGGCCAUUCUCUUAGUGAUGGGCUGGAUGAAGUCCAAAAAGCAGAAAUGAAAGCCUACAUGGAAUUAGUCAACAAUAUGCUGUUGACUGCAGAGUUGUAUCUUCAGUGGUGUGAUGAAGCUACUGUAGGGGAGAUCACUCAUGCUAGGUAUGGAUCUCCUUACCCUUGGCCUCUGAAUCAUAUUUUGGCCUAUCAGAAACAGUGGGAAGUCAAACGUAAGAUGAAAGCUAUUGGAUGGGGUAACAAGACUCUGGACCAGGUCUUAGAAGAUGUAGACCAGUGCUGUCAAGCUCUUUCUCAAAGACUGGGAACACAACCGUAUUUCUUCAAUAAGCAGCCUACUGAAUUAGAUGCACUGGUAUUUGGCCAUCUCUACACCAUUCUUACUACACAGUUGACCAAUGAUGAACUUUCUGAGAAGGUGAAAAACUAUAGCAACCUUCUUGCUUUCUGUAGAAGAAUCGAACAACACUAUUUUGGUAAAGUCAGCUCAUCCAUCAGAUUGUCUUAGGGUUAUGUGUUAAUUAUUAUUUAUAAAAAGUUUAACUUUUGAAAUAUAUGUUACUUGAAUAAUGUAAUAGAUAAUGGUAUCAGAAUUUUAAAACCAAAAAUACUGCUUUUCACAACCUCAAAACAAAUUACUUAAUGUAUCAUAUACGUGUACCUUAUACUGCUAUUUGUGUAU